AGAAAUGAACAACAAUAAAGGGAAGAAACAGUCUUAUAUAGAAACAUAUAUUACAGACGAUGAUGAUUCAUCUAGUUCUUGUGACUCUUCUGACAGUGUAUCUGAAUUAGAUAAAGACAGUACUGCAUUUAAUGUGUGUGAAGAUAUUAAUGGCUAUGAUAGUGAUGAGACGAUAGAGAAGUCAUCAGUGCAGAAUGCUUUGAUAAACUUUUUUGGUAUGCUGGGAUUAUUACUCGGGCAGACAAAAGAUUAUAAGAAAAAUAAUAUGAAUUUGGAAAGUGGAAUUGCUGAAAUAACACCCAAAUACAUUCCAGUAAAUAAAAAACAUAAAUCAGCUUUUCGAGCUCUUGUUUAUGAAACUGUUGAAUGUCUCAUUGAAGUAGAAGAUGUAGAAUUUAUUGUCAAUCCAGAUGUUGACCAUAGAAAAUAUAAAGUUGGGUACAAAAAAAUAAAGGAUGAUUCAGAAGCUGAUAAGUAUAAUAAACACCGAGUAAAUAGAAAUACAAGAUAUGCUACAGCUAACUAUCUCAUUUCUGCUUUUGACCCUGCUAUUGAAAACUUCGACCCAGAUGAUAUUGAUUUCCUUAUGAGUAAUAAGGAUAUUCAUUCAGGUGAUAAAAGCUGUACUGAUAUUGAAGCAGAUGAAC